CUGAUUUUGCUAUGUUGAUUAUUUUUCUUUAAGUUUCCUUAUCUAUUCGUAUUUGCCUGCGUUAUCGACUAUUGUAUUUUUCAAAUUUAUUUCAUUUAUAUUUAUUUUCGUCUUCUUACUUUUUACUAAUUAUUUCUCUUCACUUUCUCUUUGAUGUUUCCCGAUUUUCAUCCCGCUCUCCCAGUGUAACACGACGUGACUGACAAAGAAAAGGAAAAGAACACGAAAAGCAUUUUUGAUCGAGAGCGUUAUGCCAAUGUAUAGACAUGUGUAUAUAUGCAUACAUAUGUACAUAGAUCGUAAGAGAACUGUCCGUGGUGUGACAUUUUUUCUUCUGUGAUUGGGGCGGCAUACCACUGUCGUGACGAAAACGGGAAGAAAACGAAUGAAUAUGAACGGAAAUAAUCACGGAAUGAAAGAAAAGUCGAAAACGUGCGGAUUAAUUAUCACGACGAUCAGAAAUAACGUCCAUCGGUUUUUGAGUGUCGUUAAAACGAAUCAGACGAGGGGUCGUCAUAGUUUUUUUUUUCUCCUACCCCUCUUAAUCUCUCAAUCCUUCCCUCAAGUCAUCAAUCCUUGUCCCUCUAUCUUUCUCUUCCUCAAUCAUCGUUUCCUGAUGCCUCUUUAACGCAUUCUCGCUUGCAUGCAAAAUGCCUGCAUUGGUUGAUUUCGUAAAGGAACUAAUUUGAACUUCUUAUUGUUUAUGUUUGUGUUCAUUGCACCAUUUACUUUCUUCGGAUUUGAUGAUGACAAAAAAAAGGGCUGUUUUCCACGUGACAGCUAUCGCCUGCGAGUACGGGCCUCCGACAGAGGGAUGCCAGUCUUGUCCGCAGACGUGGACGUUGAGUUAGACGUCGUAGACAGAAACAAUAAACCACCUGUGUGGGAUGCGAAUGUAUACGGCCCCAUUCACAUCAAAGAAAAUGUCACAGUGGGUACUGUAGUGACGUCGGUGAAAGCCAGCUCUGGAAUCGAAAAUAAUCCGACGGUCUUUUACCACUUAAUGCCCGGUUCUACGGCGCAGACCAACAAGUUUCAUACGUUUUACCUUCAGCAACGUGCCGAACAGUCGGUGACUUGGGCCGACAUUAAGGUUAACCAUCCAUUGGACUACGAAAGCAUAAAGGAAUAUAAUCUCACUAUACGAGUGGAGAAUAAUGGAGCUCAACAGCUGGCCUCCGAAGCAACCGUGUAUAUUAUGCUGGAGGAUGUUAACGACGAGAUACCACUGUUCACUGAACGAGAACAGGAGACCGUACUCGAGGGUGAACCAGUGGGUAGCAAAGUCACCCAGGUGAAUGCCAUCGACAAGGACGGAACAUUCCCCAAUAAUCAGGUCACGUAUUACGUGGUAGACAGCGACAGGAACGAGGGCAAGGAUUACUUCGAGAUCAACAGGGAAACCGGCGAGAUCUUCACAAAAGUAAUGUUCGAUCGCGAGAAGCAAGGAGCUUACGCCCUGGAGGUGGAAGCCAGAGACGGAGCACCUUCCGCGCGACCCAACAGCAACGGCCAACCUAACUCAGUAACGAAAUUCAUUCGCAUCGGGAUAGCCGACAAGAACGAUAAUCCCCCGUACUUCGACAAGGGCCUCUACGAGGCUGAGGUAGACGAAAAUGAGGACAUCCAACAUACGGUGCUCACCGUUACCGCCAAAGAUCACGAUGAGUCCUCGCGUAUUCGAUACGAGAUCACGAGCGGGAACAUAGGCGGUGCGUUCGCCGUGAAAAACAUGACCGGCGCCAUUUACGUCGCGGGUGCGUUGGACUAUGAGACGAGGAAGAGGUACGAGCUUCGGCUUACUGCCUCGGACAACUUGAAGGAGAAUUACACGACUGUUGUAAUUCACGUGAAGGAUGUAAACGACAACCCGCCCGUCUUCGAGCGACCAAAUUACAGAACACAAAUUACCGAGGAGGACGACAGAACUCUGCCGAAACGCGUCCUCGGGGUCACUGCCACAGACGGGGAUAAGGACAGACCGCAAAACAUCGUCUACUUCCUGACCGGGCAAGGUAUCGAUGCCGAUAAUCCCACGAACAGCAAGUUCGAUAUCAACCGCACGACCGGCGAGAUCUUCGUCCUAAAGCCGCUGGACAGAGACCAACCGAAUGGCCGUCCGCAGUGGCGGUUCACCGUGUUUGCACAGGACGAGGGUGGAGAGGGUCUGGUGGGUUACGCCGACGUGCAAGUUAACCUCAAGGACAUCAACGACAACGCCCCGAUAUUCCCGCAGGGGGUCUACUUCGGCAACGUCACUGAGAACGGCACCGCAGGAAUGGUAGUAAUGACGAUGACAGCCGUGGACUACGACGACCCGAGCGAAGGCACGAACGCGAGGCUCAUCUACUCCAUCGAGAAGAAUGUCAUUGAAGAGGAGACCGGCUCGCCCAUCUUCGAGAUCGAGUCGGAGACCGGCGUGAUAAAGACCGCAGUAUGUUGCUUGGACCGCGAACGCACUCCGGAUUAUUCUAUACAGGUCGUCGCGAUGGAUGGAGGGGGGUUAAAAGGGACCGGGACGGCAUCGAUACGGGUCAAAGAUAUAAACGACAUGCCGCCGCAAUUCACGAAGGAGGAGUGGUUCACCGAGGUGGACGAGACGGAAGGGCCGGACCUGCCGGAAAUGCCGAUACUCACCGUCACCGUCCACGACGAAGACGAGACCAAUAAAUUCCAAUACAAGGUGAUCGAGAGCAGCGGUUACGGCGCCGACAAGUUCACCAUGGUGCGGAACAACGACGGCACGGGAUCGCUGAAAAUUGUACAGUCGCUAGAUUACGAGGACCAACUGCAGAGCAACGGCUUUAGGUUUAGGAUACAGGUGAACGAUAAGGGCGAAGACAAUGACAACGACAAAUACCAUGUAGCCUAUUCCUGGGUGGUUGUGAAAUUACGAGAUAUUAACGACAAUCAGCCGCUGUUCGAGAAGGCCAACAUCGAAACCAGCGUUGCGGAGAACGCUCGCAUAGGCAGCACUCUGGAAACAUUCAAAGCCACCGAUCCGGAUCAAGGUGGGAAGAGCAAGGUCUCCUACUCCAUAGAUAGAAGCUCUGAUCGCAAGCGACAGUUCUUCAUCAACGAAAAUGGCACUGUAUCGAUCCAGAGAAGCCUUGACCGCGAGGAAACCCCUCGACAUCAGGUGAAAAUUUUGGCGAUCGACGAUGGAAUACCACCCAAAACCGCGACUGCCACCUUGACAGUCGUCGUGCAGGAUAUCAACGACAACCCGCCCAGAUUCCUCAAGGACUAUCGUCCAGUUUUGCCGGAAUACGCGCAAACGAAAAAGGUCGUCGAGAUUCUCGCUACCGAUGACGACGAUCGAUCGAGGAGCAACGGCCCGCCGUUUACUUUCAGGAUGGAUCCUAACGCGAACGAUGUUAUCCGAGCUAGCUUCAAAGUAGAAAGCGACAACAAGGGAGCCAACGGAGAUGGAAUGGCCGUAGUAUCGUCCUUGCGUUCCUUCGAUAGGGAACAACAAAAGGAGUUCUUAAUUCCCAUCGUCAUCAAGGAUUCCGGGAAUCCCUCUAUGUCUGGGACCAGUACCUUGACCGUUAUCAUAGGAGACGUUAACGACAACAAGAUGCAGCCUGGCUCGAAGGAAAUCUUUGUAUAUAACUACGCAGGACAAUCGCCCGACACCGAGAUAGGCAGGGUGUACGUGUACGAUCUGGACGACUGGGACCUGCCGGAUAAAAAGUUCUACUGGGAGGGACUGGAGCACAACCAGUUUAAGCUCGACGAGGACACGGGGAUGAUCUACAUGAAGUCCGGCACGCAUGACGGCAAAUAUCACCUACGGUUCAAGGUCUACGAUCGGAAGCACACGCAGACCGACGUGCCCGCGAACGUGACCGUCACCGUCAAGAGUAUCCCGCACGAGGCGGUGCUGAAUUCAGGCUCGGUUCGGAUAUCCGGGAUAACGGACGAGGACUUUAUUCGCGUCUGGAAUUAUCAGAAUCAAACCCUUAGCCGAAGCAAAGUGGAUCUGUUUAGGGACAAACUGUCGCACUUGUUGAGCAUAGACAGAGACAAUGUGGACGUCUUCAGCGUGCAGUUAAGGAGGGUGCAUCCACCGUUGACGGAUGUCAGAUUCGCCGCGCACGGCUCGCUGUAUUACAAACCGGUCAGGCUCAACGGCAUUGUCCUCAUGCAUCGUGAAGAGAUCGAGAAAGACGUGGGCAUCAACAUAACUAUGGUCGGCAUCGACGAGUGUUACUACGAGAACGAGAUGUGUGAAGGCAGCUGUACGAACACCCUCGACAUCAGCAGCUUGCCGUACAUGGUGAACGCGAACAGGACCGCCCUCGUCGGCGUGCGCGUCGACGUGAUAGCCGAGUGUACCUGCGGAGCGCGGAAUUUCAGCAAGGGCGAGUCCUGCAGGAACAGUCCCUGCUACAAUGGCGGACGUUGCGUGGAGGACCGGUUCGGUUUAUCAUGCCAGUGUCCAUCCGGCUACAACGGUCCGAGGUGUCAGCAAACCGCCAGGAGUUUCCGUGGCAACGGUUGGGCAUGGUAUCCCGCUUUGGAAAUGUGCGACAACAGUCACUUGAGCUUCGAAUUUAUCACGAGGAAGUCCGACGGGCUGUUAUUGUAUAACGGUCCCAUCGUUCCUCCCGAAUCCGACGAGAUAAUGGUUUCCGAUUUCAUCUCGGUCGAAUUAGAACGCGGUAUACCGAGGCUGCUGAUCGACUUCGGGUCUGGUACCUUGGAGCUGAAAGUGAAACCGAAGAAAACCCUGGACGACGGCGAGUGGCACCGACUCGACAUCUUCUGGAACACGGAGACCGUGAAACUCAUCAUCGACUACUGCAAGUCCGCGGAGAUAUCCGAGCUGGAGGACGGCAGCCCGCCGGAGUUCAACGACACCAGCUGCCAAGCUCAGGGCACGGUGCCGCCGUUCAACGAGUACCUGAACGUAAACGCGCCGCUGCAGAUCGGCGGCCUCUACGUGGAGCAAUUCGAUCCGACGCACUACAAAUGGAAGCACAUGCCGGUGGGCAAGGGCUUCGACGGCUGCAUCAAGAACCUCUUCCACAACAGCAAGCUGUACGACCUGGCCCACCCCGGCUUGUCGCGAAACAGCGUCGCAGGCUGUCCCCAGACCGAGGAGAUCUGCAACAACCAAGAGUCGACCUUCCGCUGUUGGGAGCACGGCACUUGUGUGGGCAGUUUCACCGAGGCGAGAUGCCAGUGCAACCCCGGCUGGACCGGUCCUGGCUGCAUGACACCGACCAUCCCGACCACCUUCAAACCCCAGAGCUACGCCAAAUACGCGUUGUCUUUCGAACCUGACAAGUACUCGACCCAGGUGCAACUGAGAUUCCGUACUCGGGAGAUUCACGGCGAGCUGUUUAGAGUGAGCGACCAGCACAACAGGGAGUACGCCAUCUUGGAGAUCAAAGACAGCAGGCUGCACUUCAGGUAUAACCUGAACAGUCUCAGGACGGAGGAACGAGAUAUCUGGCUCUCGGCGAUAGCCGUCGACGACGGACAAUGGCACACGGUGAGAGUGUCCAGAUACGGAUCCGCGGCGACCCUCGAGCUGGACGGUGGCGAAGGACGGAGGUUCAACGAGACUUUCUCCUUCGAAGGCCACCAGUGGCUCUUGGUGGACAAGCAGGAAGGCGUCUACGCGGGCGGCAAGGCGGAAUAUACCGGCGUCCGUACAUUUGAGGUUUAUGCGGACUAUCAGAAAGGUUGUUUGGACGACAUACGAUUGGAAGGGAAACACCUUCCUCUACCGCCUGCCAUGAACGGAACCCAAUGGGGACAGGCAACGAUGGCGCGGAAUCUGGAGAGGAACUGCCCGUCGAACAAGCCGUGCGCCAACGUCAUCUGUCAGGAUCCCUUCGAAUGUAUCGAUCUCUGGAACGAAUACGACUGCACUUGCGGAGAGGGAAGGAUCCCGUCGCCGGACAACAAAGGAUGUAUAGACAAGAACGAGUGCAUCGAUUAUCCCUGCCUGAACGGUGGCAGAUGCAUCAACCAGGAUCCGCGAUUCCGGUACCGUUGCAUCUGUCCCGACGGCUUCUGGGGCGAGAACUGCGAGCUGGUCCAGGAAGGACAAACGCUCAAGCUCAGUAUGGGCGCGCUGGCGGCCAUUCUCGUCUGCCUCUUGAUCAUUCUCGUUCUCGUGUUGGUAUUUGUGGUCUACAAUAGAAGACGAGAAGCGCACAUCAAGUAUCCCGGGCCGGAUGACGACGUGAGGGAGAACAUCAUCAACUACGACGACGAGGGCGGCGGAGAGGACGACAUGACCGCGUUCGACAUCACGCCCCUGCAGAUCCCGAUUGGCGGCCCUAUCCCGGAAAUGGGUGGCAAGUUGCCUCCUUGUAAAGUGGCCUAUCCACUCGGACCGGAGCCGAACGUCGGCAUCUUCAUCGAGGAUCACAAGAAGAGGGCUGACAGCGACCCAAACGCACCUCCCUUCGACGAUUUGCGGAAUUACGCGUAUGAAGGCGGCGGAAGCACCGCAGGUUCCCUGUCAUCAUUAGCCUCCGGUACGGACGAUGAGCAACACGAGUACCAGUACCUAGGCGCCUGGGGUCCCAGAUUCGACAAACUGGCUGACAUGUACGGGCCCGCGGAGGAGAGCGAGGAGGAAGACUAAUCAGCGCCGAAUACAACCGAGUCUCCACACCGCACCGAGUCACGCGAUCCAUAUCAUCCGAAUGAGUGCUCGUGCAACCGAGACGAUGACGUCCGUUACACCGGCUCCGGGGAUCUAUCGCGAGCUAUUCGGGCGAUCCCGAAGGAAGGAGGAUACACCUCCCCGGCCGAGAGUGACGAGUCCUCAACGGACAGGGAGAAACAGCUUCCUCGUAGUUGUGCGUCUAGUGAAAGUACUAUGAGACACGUGACGCGUCGUCCCGUCACGCCGACAUGCUCGUGUCACCCGCGGUGCGCACGUGCACACGAAAAAAAAGAUACACACACACAUCCACAUGAACACAUACACACAAACGGGAGAAAGGACUCUGUCGAAGGUGCAAAACGAACGUUGCAAUAAUGCGAUGUUACACGUAGAGGUGGUAUAUAAUGAGACAAGAGAGAAGGAGAGAAGUCGCAUUACCUAUCUGUAUAGUACGUAAUACGUAAAAGAAACGUAGUGAAAUCCAAAGAUAAGCGCGUGACUUUUUCUAACGGAUACCACCCUCCCCGGUCGCAUAGGUUUCGCUCAUCGGUCACCGUAAACUAUCUCUCCACGCAUACACUAAAAUAUACAUAUAUACGUAUUGGUAUAUAUCGCGUCGUUGUCGUCAAUGUCGGAUUAUAGAUCGGCGUGUCGUCCUCGCGCACAGCGAGAUCGUUUAUUUAUUUAUCGUCGCGAGCUGGGCGAGCGCGUUAGAUGUGUUGUAACGACGGUAAUCAUGGGCAUUCACAUACAACACACACACACACAUGCCGUACAUAUGAUACACACAAACACAUGCGUACAGACAUGUACACACGCGUACAUUAUACACGAUGAUAUCGUUCUCGGCGACACGACUCGCCGGUGAUGGCGAUUCCGUCGGGCGAUUAUUUCGUUUCUUCGCUCUUCUGCACGAGUCCCGCGGGACGUAUCCUCGACGAGUAUUUCGUUGUCCUGAACGCGAAGGAGUCCUGCGUGUGCAGGCGCACUCUCUCUCGUUCUCGACGAACGAUCCUACCGUAGAUAGUCUGCCAUAAUAGGAGUUUAUCGUUAAGGUAUCAUUAGUUGUCGCGACGUCGGGAGCCAUCCUCAUCGUCGCCAUCGUCAUCCUCAGUGAUAGCAUUAUUACUACUAUAUUGAACAUUAUGAUAUAUAUAUAUUAUAAAUAUGGAUUUAUAUAGGUGCGCACGAGAAGCGAGAGAAGUGGGGAGAAAGUGAUUAAUCAUAAUUAACGAGAAAGUCCGAGAAAAGAUUAAAAAGAACAAAAAAACACAGAGAUAGAAAGAGAAAGAAAGAAGAGCACGACUUACUGCGCGCGUGUAAUGUAAUUAUUAUAAUUAUAAUAUAGCGGAUAUAAAGUCUAAAUAUAAAUACAAAUAUAAAUAUAUAUAUAUAUAUAUAAAUAUAAAUACAAAUAUAUAUUAUACAUAUAUAUACAGAGACAGAGGACACGAACAUACAGACAACACGAGAGAUGAGAUUCGCAUCGCUAAAACUAUGCUCACCGUUGAUAUCUCGAUAUAGUUUUAAUAUUUAUUUUACGUCAUCGAAAGAAGAGGAGGAUUCGGAGCGCGAAGAACACGACGCAGGGAUGUACGCGCGAAGUACGCGUGCACGAGGGAGUCGAGGGAAGCGAAACAGAGAAAAAGAAAGAAAAUAAGAAGGAGCGAGAGAGAGAAAAAAUGUGGUAGGAUUCCGUGUUCUAGUCAUCCUGAAUGACUCGACGAAGCGUCGUUUCGGCUCAGAUCGGAUCUCCUCGAAAUCUCCUCGAGAACUUUAAUACCUCUUCAACCUCUUUGUGCACUUGAACUUUCCAUAAGGAGGAUUCCGAGACUACUUUAUAAGUAAAAGUUAGAAGUACAGAAGUUAUAUUACGGAAUAACCCUGUUUGAGGUUCCUUUACAAAUUCUCGAUAAGUCGCGGAAAAUCGAUGGAGACUUUCUUCGCCUUCGUUAGCGGAAAAGAGUUAAUAAAUCGCGACAAAAAAAAUUAAAUUGUCUUACGUCCACGUCUAUGGAGACGUUCAAUUACAUCUCACGCAAGUGUGAUUUCGUUCUUACCUUAUGAACAUUAGUACGAGUCAAAAAAAUCGCGUCGACUAACUUUGAGAUCGAUCGGUUAAUGCAUCUUAUAUUGUUAGUUGUAACUAAUAGCGAAUUGAUAAUCCAGACACAGAAGAAACCACGAUGAGCAUGGAGCAUCCAAGUGUAUCAUAGUUAGAGAUAUCGCGCGUAGGAAGAAAUAAGGAAUCUCACGAUGAAAGGAAAGAAAUCAGUCAAUCGAUAAGUUCCGAGUCCGAAGUGAAGUAUCCUCGAACGAGAAGGAUACUUGGUAUUUUUUAUCUGGAGAACGCGCCCCAAAGAAGUCACUAGUCGCAGCUGAUAAACGGAGUGGAACGCGGUGUCGAGCUGGAAGGGAGGUUUUCCCAAUCAAGCGAGGGCGAAACGACGCAAAGUCGAGUUCCCCGACGCCGGUCGUCCUCGUGCACGCGCGAUCGCGACGAUGUCGUCACGCCUCUCUAUCGCGUAACUUUCUACGCACCGAGCCCCGACUGAAACCUGUAAAAUUCUCAACGGGAAUAUUAAUAGUCAAUUUACCGGUUAGGGCCGAGGAGUGGGCGUUUGAAUACGUCUUAAGCACUUGUACGAAUAUUGUAAUUAACAUAUGUAUGAGUGUGCUGGCGCCGCGGCGCCAUCAGCGUCACUGCGCAUCGCUGUAUAAUUGUCCUAUCAAUAAUCGUGUUUGCGUAUGGUUUUUCAACGAA